UGUCUGCUAUGCUGCUUUGCUAAUGUUGAUGAGAAAAUUGAAAAUAUAAGAUUUGUGCUUGUUGAUUAUUCGGGGUAGUUACAUCAUUUUUAAGCUAAAUAAAAUACAAUUUACAUGUUUUAAUUCUAGAUUAAUCAGCUUUACCGGAGAAGAUGGCACAAUCUCCUCAACCGUUUUUGGGAUCUUGGGAGAUCACCAUGUGCAUAAUACAGCCAGGAAGUGGGCCAAGUCAUCAAGAGCCAACAGGCAUUGAGGGUACAAUUAUGCUGCUGGAAGAGAACGGAGACGUAACCUGGAGUCCAGCCUCUGGUGCCGAGGGUCUUCCGUUGUUCACAUGUGAAACUUACGACGUCUUAGGCUCGUCCAUGUCCGGAGUGGCCAUACGUUUCGGGGCCUACCAAGGGCACAUCAUAGAGUUUAGAGUGGAUCAGCCAGAGGCACAUGACCAAAUGCUGAUGAUAUGUGAUGGCUGGUGUGUGCUGCAUUGCCGUCGUUCAUCAGCUACUGAGCCUAGCCAGACAUCAGAUGCAACUUUCAGCUUAUUGCCUGCUUUGGAGGACGGUUACUUCUCCGAUCUUACCAUCGCAUCGAGCAAUGAAAAAAAGUUUGCUGUCCACACCUGUAUACUGCAGCUGAGUGCACCAGAACUUGACUGGACUUCUGACCCUCCUCCACUAUCAGGCCUCAGAGAGGAUGUUCUGGGUACGAUCCUGCACUAUCUGUACACGGAGUGUCUUCCAGCUAACCUGUCCGAGGGUACAGCUCACCAGUGCAUCACUGCUGCAGCCUCCUACCCCUGCUUGGCCUCUCUAGUCACCUUGUGUCAACACUACCUGAGGAAUAUCACCCUCAAACAACAGAUCAUGUCUUUAGUCAAUGACAUGCACACAUGUGCCAGCCAUAUUAUUCAGCAUCUCAACGCUAAGUCCUCCGGAGAUAGUCUCAAUACCAACCCUGCCAAGCUAUGUUUUGUUGUUCGACAAAGUCUGAGAGAAGCUGCUGUAGCUUGUGUGAAACUGCUGGUCCUGUGUGAUCUGUUCUCCAAACGGAAAGGAGAAUUGACACGAGACCAACGACACGAAAUAAUCAGAUAUGCAAAGUCUAGGCUCCCCAUUUUCAUGAAUCAACUCCACAGGUUUUUGGUAGGCCUGAAAAUAACCCUCAGUAGUAUGUCGUCUUCUCAGAGGCAAGAAAUUGCUACAUAUCUUGUGCCAGAAAUUGAGACUAUUCUCGAUACACUGUCUUCCUUGGGACUGAAAUUCAAGCAGGCCUUAGAAAGUAUAAUUUCCGCCUUCAACGAAAGCUCAGCAACCCAUAAACAUUGUUCAGAGCAUAGCAGCCUUCUGUCUAGGACUCUUCAUGAGGUUCUUCAUAAAAGGGAUUUAAAUAAACUGAAGAACCUUCUGCAGAGGCAUAGCCAUAGUCUUUUCUUGCUUUUACAAAGAAAGGAAGGCUUCAAUGAGUUGACCAGUGGUAACAAGGUUAGAAGUGUGUCACGCAGCCUAGAACAACUUGUUGAAGAGUUGCCUGUAUUUCUGCUGCGGCUGGAAGAAGUGACAGCAGCUUUAGACGACAAACUGGAGUGGAGGGAGUUCAAGUUCUGCUUCAAAGUUGGCUCCUCUAAAGUUUCCGGGCUCCUGCAGCGGCUGUUGAGCCAUAGUGCUGUUGUGCAGCCCGUGUUGACUCAACUCUGUUCUCUGGUGGCAAGAGAUGCAUUCACACAAGCCCUGGCAUCUCUAGGCCUGGUGGAUCCUGUCAAGUGUUCAGACAACAACCACUCGACACCCAACAAGACACAUCAACACUCCACACCCAAACAUCAUGGCUACAAGCUGAACCUGGUGGAAUGCCUGUGUGUGCCUCCCAUAUCCCGCAACAGUCGGCUGUCAGCAGCCGCCAUACAACUGCUGAGGUCUGGAGCUAACACUGACAUGGUCUUUGAGGUCGUCCCAUCGCCAGAAGGGGAGAGUGUGAUCAACCAAGUGGGGGUGGAGGUAGCCAGUGAGGAGGCUUGUACCAUCAGUGCUCAUCGCGUCAUCGUCGCUGCAAGAUGUGAUUGGUUCAGAAGAGCUUUACUCUCCGGCAUGAGAGAGGCAAUUGAUAGGAAGAUAAUAGUGUUUGACACAUCACCAUCAUUAUUCUCUGUAUUGUUGGAUUACCUGUAUUGUGGUCAGCUUGAUACAUCCAGCUUCACUGUUGAUCAAUUGGCAGACUUGAUGUUGUUGGCUGACCGCUACGAGGUGGAUUCUCUCAAGACGGCCUGUGAACACGGCCUCAGCUCUCACAUAGACCAUGACUCUGUGUUGUACUUCCUCAGUAUGGGAGAUCAGUUCAACGCCAAACAUCUCAGAAGUUCAUGUUUAAAUUUCAUUUCAAAAAAUCCUGACAUAAUGGACUCCGAGCUGUUUGAAGAACUCCCUCAAAACUUGCAAGCAGAGAUAUAUGACCUAGUUAUCUGGGCCUAUGCUCCAAGUAGCAAGAUGGGAGUGACGGACAAGCUAGGAGCUGUGACGGACUUGACUGCAGGACUGUCUCUGUCAGACUCUGACACUGGCGAGGGGGCGACAGUGGCAGACUCAUCACGACUAGAGGCUUGCUUGCGACAGCUGCAUGACAUCAUUGGUGAUGAGGGGGUCUCGAGACAACAGCUGGUUCAGGUUGCACUGGCUGCAGAUUUCGACCUCAACCGGGCGCUCAACUUCUACUACUCCUCUUGAGAUAUGGGUUGCUCUUCAAGUUUUCCAAGGAUGUUAAUUUUGGUUUCAUAGUCUGGCAACAUUUUGCUCAUCAGUACUUCUACAGUUAAUUAAUCUGAUAGGGUAAGAAAUAAAUGUGUUAAUCUUCUCAAAAGCUCGCCAUUAUUAGUCAUGAUCAUGAAAUGAUUGUUAUUAACUUGUCACAACGAUAAAAUUAAAAAAUUUAAAAAAUGUGUUUACUUAAACUUCCAAAUUUGUUUAUGCUAUAACUGUAACAUGAUGUUUAUGUUUAAAAUCUUAUAUAGUUCUGUAAAAACGUUUAUUACCGGUACCAUAUUAAAAUUUAAAAAAAUUAUUUUUUAUUCCUAUUGUUUUAUACACCAUUCAUGAUCAAACUAAUAGUGGUGUUCUGUUGUUUUUAAUCACAGUUUAAAAUAUUACAUAUAAAUUAACUUGCCCUACUAUUUAUCAAAUCUAUUUCACCAGCUUAAACAAUAGUAUCACUUAGGAUGUCACAAUUCGAUGAGAAAAUUAUUCCUGUAAGUAUUGUAUGAUUACAACAAUCCACUUGUCAAGUGGAAUUUCAAUCAGUAUUAUUUGCAUAUUUUAGUAUUGUUGUGCGUAUUCAAUAAACUAUUAGGUAUUUAAGUUAUUUAGUGCAAUUUAGCCUACUAUUCCAAAGUGUGUUUUAUUUUAUCAGAAGUAAAGAAACAAGGCAUUUAUUCUUUUUCUAAUGAGUUUAAUAUUUUUAAUUUUUUCUCUUUAUAUGACUUCUUGACAUUUUAAUAUAUUUUUUUAGAACUAAAAUAUUAUUGACAUUUGACAGCUCAAUAAACUGAGAUCCAACUAGUUGUCAUCGCUCCACUGUCAAUUUUUUUAACAAUUUGUAGAUGUUCUAAAAUCAAUCUCACACUAUUCCAAGAUGCAGCAGAUAUCUUUGCUGGGUUUUUGUGUGUCUUUUAGUAAUUAAAAAUAGCCAUGUCUUUACAUAAGUAUUUCCUGAUUUUUGCAACAAAAUUUUAAAUAACUAAACAAAAAUUAUUGAACCGUUAUUGUAUUAUAUUUUUUUAUUAUUUAUUUCAAUCAGUUUUUUUUUAGGCUUGAUCGAACUAACUCACUAUGAAACAAAGCAUGUGUUUUUCCUAUGUAAUAAAAUGUGAUAGUUGUUUUGCCUUUCUAAGGUUGUUCUUAAGCAUUUGAGUGUUUUUAUAAAAUGUUGUACACAGCUUUAAAUAUGAUCUAGGGUUAUUAUUUUAUUUUUUGCACUUAAAUCCUGUUACUUAUGAUAUUAUAAAAUCAAAAACGUACUUUUAAUGACUGUCAUUUUAAUAUUCUAAUUUUUUUAUAGUAAGUUGUAGUUGUAUAAAUAAUGUUUAAGUUCUUUUGUUAAGUAUUGUCAUAACAUUAAGGUUAUGAUUAUACUGUAUCAGGGUUACAUUAAUUUUUUCCUUAUUCUGAAAUAUGUUUUUAGAUAACUUAAGUGUGUCUGGCCUAUUUGAUAAUUUAAUAUUUGAUAUUUAAUAUUUGAUUUGGUAAUAAUUUGAUGAAAAAGUGUUUUGUUUACAACAUCACCUAAUGUACUUGUGGAAAAAAUCAAAUUAGGCCUACACUUGUCUGGGUUUAUUCAAAACAACCUAAACUUUUUCCACUAUUUUUAGUUAAUGUUUUAUUGCUAUUGUUUAUAAAUUGAUGAGAUGUCCUUGAAACUAUUAUAAUGAAUCUAGUUAUUAUAUGUUUUUAUGGAGCUAAACUGCAAUCAUUUACAAAGCAACAGCUUUUAUUUGAUAGGUUUUGAACUAUCUUAUUAUGUAUUGUUACUGAAUGAUUUAAAAUAGUCAGCACUAAAAUAACACGUUAUUUGAGCAUUUUGUACAAUUUAACACCCAAGUAAAAUGUGUGUGUGUGUUUCUUUGAAUAAAAAAAUGAUUAGGCCUACAUGUAUUUAACGCUUUUUAAUUUCAGACAAUACUAGGGAAUUUCCCUAUAGGAAUAAGCUAUUACCAUUAUAGGAGUCAAAGCUAUUACCGUUGGUCUCAUGUUUACACCUAGACCCGGGAGCGAUUUACUUUUUUGUUUUGAGGUCCCCAGAGGCCAAAAACUCCAUCCGUUCAAAUUCAUAUAAAGUUUAUAUAUAUUUAUUUAUUUAUUUGAUUAGUUUAUUAUUCAUUUGUUAUUAAUUUAUUAUAUACUGUAUAUAUAUAUUAUAUGUCCGUUCGCGCGAUAACUCUAGCAAAAAUGAUCCGAUUUUAAUGAAAUUUGGUAUAAAUGUGUAAACUUACACUUAUUUGAACAAGUUCGCGAAGCAGCAUGAUCAGACUAUGGCAACAGGGGUUUUAUGGGAUGAAAAUUGGUUUUUCCCUUUUUUUACCCUAAAAACAUAAUAUUUCACAAUUUAUUUCCAGACCAUUUUGUAGAGCUUAAAAAAUAAAUAAUUUAGAAUAUCGAAGC